UAGCAAAAUGAGAUUCCUCGUGGGCUUCAUGUCACUCGUCGCCAUCGUCGUCACCGCAGAACAUGGAUGUGCAGAUUCCUGCUCCAUGUGCCCAGAUAUUCAAAGUAUUUUUAGUAACAAGACCGGUAGUACAAUCCUGUACUCCGAAGGACCUGGAUGCGUUAGAAACUUGACAUGUACUGUGAAAGGAACCUUCACAUCAAUUUACUCGGCAUUCUCCGUCUCAGAUGUUCCACGGCCUGAGAAUAUUGCUGAUCAUCCUGAGGUUGAUACGAUGAUAAUCUACGCGACAAGCGUUGGUGGUUCCGGUGGUUCCGGUGGUGUUGGAGUUGUGAUCGAUCUUUACUCCUUCUAUGGAAUAGUUUGCGAAGAUGCCCAGUGGUACGCUACCAAGUAUCCAUAUGGAAUUUCCUACACAGAUUCUGAUGGAGGGUGGAUGCUUAUCGGCUUCAAUGGGGAAUUGGAUGGGAAGAGGUCUUUAAUCAAAAUUCUUGGGUGCUCUCAAUAGCCUGCAGCAACUACCGGAUGAUUUUCAGUACUUCUCUGGUAUAAUUUAUUUAUAAUAUCUAUUAUAAACCUUUUGUUCUACUGA